ACUGGGACCUCGUUUGGAGUGGACCGGGAGUUAAGGGAACAUUUGAUGUGAUUAAAGGUACAGAUUUUAGGGUCAUUGUGGAGAAUGAGGACCAGGUUGAGCUUUCAUUUACAAGAACGUGGAAUCCCUCCCUGGAGGGAAAUCUGUUCCCUUAAACAUAGACAAAAGGUUCAUAAUGCUUCAUGGUUCCUCGGGCUUCUACUCUUAUGCAAUUUAUGAGCACCUGAAGGAUUGGCCUGAUUUUGAAAUUGGUGAAACCAGAAUAACUGCGAAAAGACAAGUUUCAAUACAUGGCCAUAUCAGACAACCGGAAAAGAUGCAUUCCCCUACUUGAUGACCGGAUGUCAGGGCGAUGCCAAACCUUAGGUUUUGCAGAAGUUGUCUUACUUUUGGAUCCCAUAAAUAAAGAGCUUGCUGGAGAGGUAGACGACAAGUACCAGUACUCAUGUAUGAACAAAGACAUCUUUCAUGGUUGGGUGUGUAGCAACCCAGGAGUCGGGUUUUGGCAGAUCACACCCAGUGAUGAAUUCCGGUCUGGUGGACCUCUAAAACAGAGUCUAACCUCGCAUGUUUGCCCCACCACUCUUGCAAUAUUUCUUAGUUCUCAUUAUGCGGGACAAGAUCUGGACGCAAAAUUUAGAGGUGGUGAAUCAUGGAAGAAGGUUUUUGGUCCUGUUUAUUAUCUAAAUUCUGCAACUGGUAGAGAUGAUCCAUUCUUUCUAUGGGAGGAUGCUAAAAGACAAAUGAUGACUGAAGUCCAGAGCUAGCCAUAUAGUUUCCCAGCUUCCAAGGAUUUCCAGAAGUCGGAUCAGCGGGGUAAUGUGAAUGGUAGACUACUUGUCUUGGACAGGUAUGUUAGUGAAGACUAUACUCCAGCAAAUGAGGCUUAUGUUGGUUUGGCCCCACCAGGAGAUGUAGGAUCAUGGCAAAGAGAGUGCAAGGAGUACCAAUUCUGGACAAGGGCAGACAACAGAGGUUAUUUUUCAAUUCGAAACAUGCGUACUGGUACUUACAAUCUCUAUGCCUGGGUCCCUGGUUUUAUUGGAGAUUACCGGUGCGAAGCUGUCCUUAACAUCACCUCAGGUUUUUUUACUGAGAUGGGUGAUCUCAUGCAUGACCCUCCAAGAGAUGGGCCUACGUUGUGGGAUAUAGGCAUUCCUGAUUGUUCCGCUGCAGAGUUUUAUGUUCCUGAUCCCGAUCCCAAGUAUAUAAAUAAGCUCUAUGUUAAUCAUCCUGACAGGUUCAGGCAGUAUGGUAUUUAGAAUAGAUGUACUGAAUUAUAUCCAGAUGAAGAUUUAGUCUAUAUUGUUGGUGUCAGUGAUUAUAGUAAAGAUUGGUUCUUUGCUCAAGUUCCCAGGCAUAAGGACAAUACACAUGAAGGAACAACAUGGCAAAUUAAGUUCAAAAUUAACAAUGUGGAUCGAAACGGCACCUAUAAACUGAGAGUGGCAAUUGCAUCUGCAACUUUAGCUGAAAUGCAGGUAAUGAUGGAUAAUGGGUUUGUCCAAGUGACAUUGUCAAAUCCAGAGGGUAUAGUCACUGGAAUACGAUACAAUGGCCUUGACAACUUGCUCGAGAUUCGUAAUGAGGAAACUAAUAGAGGAUAUUGGGACCUGGUUUGGAGCCAAGCGAGUACCGGAACAACAGGAAUAUUUGAUGCGAUCAAAGGUAAAGAGUUUGAGGUUAUAGUGGAAAAUGAUGACCAGGUGGAGCUCUCUUUCAAACGAACCUGGGAUUCCUCCCAAGAAGGCAAGCUCGUUCCCUUAAAUAUUGAUAAAAGGUUCAUAAUGGUUCGAGGUUCUUCCGGCUUCUACUCUUACGCUAUCUACGAGCACUUGCAGGAAUGGCCUGCUUUUAUGCUCGGAGAAACCAGAAUCGCGUUCAAACUCAGAAAAGACAAGUUUCAAUACAUGGCCAUGGCGGACAACAGGCAAAGAUACAUGCCAUUGCCUGAUGACCGUUUACCACCCAGAGGCCAACCUCUGGCAUAUCCAGAGGCAGUUCUACUCGCCGAUCCGGUCGAGCCUGAUCUAAAAGGAGAAGUGGAUGACAAGUACCAAUACUCAUGUGAUAACAAGGAUAACCGGGUGCAUGGGUGGAUAUGCACUGAUCCGCCGGUGGGAUUGUGGCAAAUUACACCCAGCAACGAGUUCCGAUCUGGUGGACCUGUUAAACAAAAUCUUACCUCUCAUGUUGGCCCAACCACCCUGGCGAUGUUUCUGAGCGCUCAUUAUUCCGGAGAAGAUCUGGUGCCAAAAUUUGCAGCCGGGGAAUACUGGAAGAAAGUUUUCGGUCCUGUUUUUAUGUAUGUCAAUUCGGAAUAUGAAGGAAAUGACCCGUUAGUUUCACUAUGGGAGGACGCUAAAAUACAAAUGAUGAUUGAAGUCCAGAGCUGGCCAUACAGCUUCCCAGCAUCUGAAGAUUUUCCCAAGUCGAACCAACGUGGUAACAUUAGUGGUCGACUACUUAUUCAAGACAGAUACGUUAGCGAUGACUAUAUAUCAGCCAAUGGUGCAUAUGUCGGAUUAGCCUCGCCAGGAGGCGUUGGAUCGAGGCAAAGAGAAUGCAAGGACUAUCAAUUUUGGACAACGACAGACGAUGAUGGCUACUUUUCUAUCAAUGACAUACGGGCCGGUGAUUAUAACCUUAAUGCAUGUGUCCCUGGUUUUAUUGGAGAUUAUCAGUAUGAUGAUGUUAUCACUAUAACAUCUGGUGGUGUGGUUUAUAUGGGUGAGCUUGUGUAUGAGCCUCCCAGAGAUGGCCCAACCUUAUGGGAAAUAGGCAUCCCAGAUCGUUCUGCUGCAGAGUUUUAUGUUCCUGAUCCUAAUCCCAAGUACAUCAACAAUCUCUUUGUCAGUCAUCCUGACAGGUUUAGGCAGUAUGGACUGUGGGAUAGAUACACAGAGUUAUAUCCUGAUGCAGACUUGGUUUACACGGUUGGUGUGAGUGACUACAGCAAAGACUGGUUCUUUGCUCAGGUUACCAGAAAGAAAGAUGAUAACAAAUAUUAAGGAACAACUUGGCAAAUAAAAUUCAACUGUCAAGAUGUAGAAAAGAAUGGAACCUAUAAGCUGAGAGUGGCACUUGCAUCUGCAACUCUUUCUGAAUUACAGGUUCGAGUGAACAAUCCAAAGGAAAAUCCUCCUCUAUUCACAAGUGGUUUGAUAGGGAAGGACAAUUCCAUUGCAAGACAUGGAAUCCACGGGCUCUAUUGGCUUUUCAAGGUUGAUAUACCGAGCUCUCGGCUUGUUGAGGGAGACAAUAGCAUCUUUCUAACUCAACCGAGAAGCACUGGUCCUUUUCAAGGGAUUAUGUAUGAUUAUAUUCGCUUAGAAGGUCCCCCAUCUGUAAGUUCCGAAUAA